AUGGCGCCGAGUUUUGACCAUCUCCCAGAUCCCGAGGAGGACGAGUAUGAUGAGGAGGAGCUCGAUAUUUCCGAUCUAAGAGAACGUUUCGAGGUUCAACUUGAACAAGGACUCGACACUUUUGUUGUUAUUGAUGGCCUUCCAGAAGUUAACGAGGAUACCAAGCCAAAGCUGAUUAAGUUCUUGUUGAGAAAAUUGGACUCUGUUGGUCAAACAAAAAAGGACUCAAUACAUAUGCCCAUCGGUCCAGAUGGCAAAUCGUUCAAAUUUGCUUUCGUCGAAUACUCGUCCCCUGCUGAGGCUAUCGCUGCAUGCAAAGCCCUCGACGGCGUACCCCUCGACAAAAAACACACUCUCCGAGUCAACAAAUUGACAGAUAUUGAUCGCUAUGGUCGUGAAGGACGUAUCGACGAAAACUACACCCCUCCAAAAAUUGAAGAGUUCACCGAGAAGGAGCAUUUGAGAUCAUGGCUCGCGGAUCCAGCUGGACGUGGACGUGAUCAAUUCGUCAUGUAUAAGGAUGAUCGAGUACAAGUUUUCUGGAACAACGAGAAGGAUGCACCAGAGAGCAUCGUCGAUCGCCAACACUGGACCGAGUCGUUCGUACAAUGGUCACCACAAGGUACUUUCUUGACUUCGAUGCAUCAGCAAGGUGUACAACUUUGGGGUGGGCCAUCUUGGACUAGACAAAAGCGUUUCGCGCAUCCAUUCGUCAACCUCGUCGACUUUUCGCCAGGAGAGAAAUACCUCACAACAUGGUCAAAUCGACCAAUUAGCAUUGGCGAGGAAGGCCACCCAGCUCUAUCGGUUGAUGAUGAUGGGAAGAACUAUGUUAUUUGGGAUAUCGAGACAGGCUUGCCGUUGCGUUCAUUCGCUAACCUCGAUUUACCAAGCAAUAGCGUUGAUGCAGAAGGUAACCCUGUGAAGAGAAAGAUUCAAUGGCCAGCUUUCAAGUGGUCAUCAGAUGACAAAUAUGUUGCUCGUUUGACUCAAGGCUCAUCGAUCUCCGUCUAUGAAUUACCCAGAAUGAACCUCUUGGACAAAACCUCUAUCAAAAUCGAUGGGGUGAUGGACUUCGACUGGGCACCAGCCACCCCUCACCGUGAGGGUGUCAAGAACUAUGAGCAGCUGUUCUGCUAUUGGACCCCUGAAAUUGGCAGCAACCCAGCGAAGGUUGGAUUAAUGAGCAUUCCGUCUAAAGAAGUAGUCCGAACUUUGAACCUUUUCAGCGUGACAGAUGCAAAGCUUCACUGGCAAUCAGAUGCCUCAUAUUUGUGUGUGAAGGUUGAUAGACAUUCAAAGUCAAAGAAGUCUCUGGCAACCAGUUUGGAGAUCUUCCGUGUAAAAGAAAAGGGGGUACCCGUUGAGGUUGUCGAUUCAAUCAAAGACACUGUCAUCAACUUCGCCUGGGAGCCAAAGGGUGACCGUUUCGUUAUCAUCACAACCGCAGAAGUCGUUGCAGCCACAGCCGUUCCACCUAAGACAUCCGUUUCCUUCUUUUGUCCAGAAAAGGUCAAGGGCAAUGGCGUUGGUAACUUCAAGCACAUCCGCACAUAUGACAAAAAGAACAGCAAUGCCAUCUACUGGUCUCCAAAGGGUAGAUUUGUCAUUGUGGCUACAGUUCACUCUCAACAAAGUUUCGACAUGGAGUUUUAUGAUAUGGACUUUGAGGGCGAGAAACCCGAAAGUGACAAGGAUCUGACAGCCAAUUUACAACUCAUGAACACCGCCGAUCAUUAUGGUGUAACAGAUAUCGAUUGGGAUCCCACAGGACGGUUCGUUGCUACAAGUGCCAGUAUUUGGAAGCACACCAUGGAGAACGGUUACCACUUGUACGACUUUAAGGGUGAGCAGCUUCGAGAAGAACCAGUCGAGAAGUUCAAGCAAUGGUUAUGGCGCCCUCGACCACCUACUCUACUCAGUAAAGAAGAACAAAAGCAAAUCCGCAAGAAUCUCCGUGAAUACAGCAAAGUAUUCGACCAAGAAGAUGCCGAUCGUGGCGCAUCCGCCGAUCUUGCCGUUGUCGAACACAGACGCAGACUCUUGGACGAGUGGCUUGCAUGGAGGGCUAAUAUCGAAGAGGAUGUUCAGGCCGAGAGAGAAGAUGCAGGCCUUCCUCGUGAUCCUCUGGAGCCUCUCAAAUCUAAAAUGGCAAGUGGUGAUGAAGGACAAGCCAUCGAGAUUGAGGAGAUUGUUGAAGAGAUUGUCGAGGAGACUGAGGAGAUUAUAUCAUAA